CACACCACUCCUCAUGUCAAUUCUUACUUUAAAAUUCUCUCAUCUAUUCAAACUGAUAUACCCUCGCAUACGCAAGUUUCCAAACUAUCGUGUCGGUGCCACGUGUAUUGUUUCAAGUCUUGUCAAACCUGAAUAUACUUUCCAACAGAAACGACCAAAUUCGGCAAUUGAGCAAAGGAGCUUGAAUAGUCUAUUCUCAGAUCCUUCCAUAUGUAAUGACGAGGGGCCCCUGAUAGCAUCAAUUUAUUGUUGGGUUCUUUUUGGAUACAGUCGUUCGGUACAUCUUGGCUGGUCGAUCGAAAAUACAUGGCACCGAAGUUUCCCUUAUUUUGAGCUUCAAUUUACAGUCAACACCAAAGAGAACAAUAAAUUAUUGUACUUCAAUCUUGCAAAAUUUUGGUCUGCGACUUACAUUCGCAGCUGCAGACGUUUUGUUUGGAAAUUUGAAUUGACAUUAUCUAUCUACUUCCUGGACCGCAUCACAUAGUGGCUCCCGCGGAACAUUGUUUCGUGCUUCAGGAUCCAGCGUUCAUGCUCACAGGACCCAUAUUCAUAUUGAUGCACUGUGCCUGCGUUCCUGUUGUCAACGCACUAUGCAUGAGAUGAUGGAAAUCUAGAUCUUUAUCAUACCUCUUAUUGGCAGGCGCAAAUCAAAGUAGCAGGGGGUCAAAGCGCCAUACUAGGCCUCGUCAUCAAUGCAGGGGACAACAGCAGGAGAAGGCGAACAAUCUUAAUGGGCAGCAAUGCUGAACGAAGUUAGGCUUUUUAGCGUGAUAUUUGCUCAAUGUCUGAUAGCUUUGAGAACUAGGGAUGGUCGAUAUGGAAUAUGGAAAGAGAUACGAUGUCAAAUGAUCGCAGCAACUGGUAUUUCAUUAGCAUAUUUGCUCAAGUCAUCAAACCUUUUUCGUUCAGUUCAAUCAGGAGGGGAAGGAAGCAUGGCAUCAUUCUAGGAUCAGAAAAAUUCACGUAGGGCAAGAGCGCUCAGCAUGAGAUUAGGACAGUAGUUACGACGGAAGGCGAUGCUAUCGCUCCAUAAUACUGUGAAUGCGACUUUUAUGCAUAUUUAAUGGUUCGCCGCAGAAACUCUCUUAUUAUUUCAUUCUUCUAACAAUUCGACAUUCAGGCCUCUCAUGGCAGGAUGUCCCUGGGUUACUUCCCCCGGAGAAGAGUACGCAGAGUGUUUGAGUCCUCAUUGUGCAGAAAACCUUCGAACAUAGAAACUUCCUUUUAGCUCCAAUGUAUUCUGCUAUUACACGAAAGGUAGUCGAAAGCUAAUCUAGACGCUACUUAGUUGCACCUGUACUUUUUCUAAUUUUUUCUUCCAUUUUCAACAUUACUUUAUCAAUACAACCAUUAUUAUAUUAUAGCUCUUUAAAUGGAUUCCUCUCUUUCUAUCUUAUACGACAUUUACGACCCUUACGAACCAAAUGGACUACUUAUUUCUGAAGAGAUAUUCGCCAAUGGUCAAACGGACGACCGCGUUGUUUGUGAAAUGAUCGGCAACCUAGUCUAUCGCGUAAAUGCUGUUCGCUCAGGUUUUGAAAAGACAAUGGACCACAUAUGUACCGAAACGAGCAUUUUACUGACGAGCAUGCUCUUUGAUGAACAGGCUAAACUAAGACAAACUUGGAUCAGUGGGGCUCGCAGCGGCUCACAGAUUUGGGAUUCUCGAUUGGACGAGGGUGAUUUUCUUAUGAUCGAAAAUGUGGAAGUCAUAAAAGCUUAUCGUCGAAGGGGUUUCGGGACAUCCAUGGUAUCUCAACUUCUCCAACAACUGAAGACUCGGAAUAUCCAAUGGGUUUUCACACAUUGGGGAUAUGAAAACGACAAAGAGAUCGAGAUGGUGUCUGAAGAAAAGGAAGGAGUGAUUGCAUUUUGGAAAGCAUUAGGUUUUAGACGUAUUGGCUUAUCACACUUAUUCUGUUAUGCGAUGGCAGAUGACGAUAUUUCAAGGAAGCUUGCCAUAGAAGACGAUAACUUUUCUUCGGAAAAUUCAUACUCGACUGAAUAUGAUUCCACCCGAAUCUCAAGUGUUGAAAGUCAAGAAAUUCCCUCGGAGUUUAAACGUGAGAACUCGCCUCAACUCGAGUCAGAUCAAAUUUUACCCAUGGAUAUCGAUAGUCUAUCAGAUCCAGACGGUCGUGAAGCCAGAAAGGACUCUAAGCUCAAUCCUGAGGUGGGUAAUCUGUCGGAAAAUUUGGACUCCCUCCCAGAAGAAAAUCAAGAGGUCGUGGGCGUGUUUACCUGGGAUUGGUAGCGCUUGAUUUUUUUUUCUCCCUAAUCAUUUGUGAUUCAUUACUAUGGUUCUAGUAGGGGUGAGCACACCGGUGGGGCUUUUAUGAACAAUUGUUAGGAUCAUCAAAGUGAUCCUGUAGGAAAUAACUCCAAGGAGACUUAUUAAAUGAAGAAGCAUUAUU